GGAGAAGGAAGGCCUCCCCGGCCUUGCGGUCGCCGCAUGUUUUCGGUUGCGAGGCGGCUCGCUCGUUCUGCGAUCUAUUGAGAGUGGCUUCCGACAACCCUGGGUUGAUGUCGGGGAGGGAGGGAAGAUGGCGGCCGUGGCGGCGGGCGGCCUGGUGGGAAAGGGGCGCGACAUCAGCUUGGCGGCCCUGCAGCGCCACGACCCCUAUAUCAACCGCAUCGUGGACGUGGCCAGCCAGGUGGCUCUGUACACUUUCGGCCAUCGGGCCAACGAGUGGGAAAAGACUGAUGUGGAAGGAACCUUAUUUGUUUACACAAGGUCUGCUUCUCCAAAGCAUGGGUUCACCAUUAUGAAUAGGUUGAGCAUGGAAAACAGGACAGAACCCAUUACUAAAGACCUGGAUUUCCAGCUCCAGGAUCCUUUCCUUCUCUACAGAAAUGCCAGAUUGUCCAUUUAUGGGAUUUGGUUUUAUGAUAAGGAAGAAUGCCAAAGAAUUGCAGAGCUAAUGAAAAACCUAACUCAAUAUGAACAGUUGAAAGCCCAUCAGGGAGGUGGAACAGGAAACUCCCCAAUGAUCCUCAAUUCAGGAGAGGGCAAGGAAGUAGAUAUCUUAAGAAUGCUCACCAAGGCCAAAGAUGAAUACACCAAGUGUAAAACCUGUUCUGAGCCAAAACAGAUAACCAGUUCAUCCGCCAUCUAUGACAACCCCAAUCUCAUCAAACCAAUUCCAGUGAAGCCCAGUGAAAACCAGCAACAGCGCAUACCUCGGCCCAGCCAGACCUUAGACCCCGAGCCCCAACACUUGUCCUUGACAGCUCUCUUUGGGAAGCAGGACAAAUCCACCUGUCAGGAAACCGUGGGGUCCCCACUGACCAUCCACCAGCAGCAGCGGCAACAGGAGCCACUUCCCGUUAGGCAGGGGGUCGUACGCUCCCUCUCCUAUGAGGAACCCAGAAGAUACUCGCCCACCCUCGAGAAGCAGCUGUGUCCCGCCAUUCAGAAACUCAUGGUCCGGAGUGCAGACCUCCACCCGUUGUCGGAGCUGCCCGAGAACCGGCCCUGCAGAAAUGGCAAUACCCGUUCCACUGGAGAAGUUUUUCUGGGACCUGUGCAGCCAGGGUCUCCACAUAGUGUUGGAACUUCUCAGCGGGUACAAAGUGCUUCCGGAACUCAGAGCCUGUUGGAGAAGCUUCAGAGUGGCCCAAGGCCAGCAACCAAGUAUGAGCCUAGCACAGCAGCCCCUGCCAGCUCAGCUGUCCCAAACCUCAGCACCACCCUCCCCACUGCCACCCCUGGUGCCCCAAUAAAGGGGCAGGCUCAGGCACAGGCAGGGUAUUUCAAUGGCUCCCUUCCAGCUCAGCCACUAAGACACCAGGUUCAUGGCAAAGAGCCGUCCACACACCCAAGACCCAUGCUUCCCCACUCUGGCAAUCAGACUAGCAGUUCUGGAGUGAUCUCCCCUCAGGAGUUACUGAAGAAGCUUCAGAUUGUCCAGCAGGAGCAGCAGCUGCACACGUCUAACCGACCAGCCUUGGCAGCCAAGUUUCCUGUGGUAACUCAGGGCUCCAGGACACAGAAAGCUCUGGAGUCCUGGAUGGACAAGACAGCUGGCACAGAAAAGCAGACUCCUCUUUUUCAGGCCGCCUCGCCUCCGCGCAUCCCCGCCACACGGGCUCCUUCUCUGCUCAUGUCCCCCAUGGUGUUCACACAACCCACCUGCGCCCCACCGAAGGAGAGAGACGCCGGGCCCUUGCCCCUGGGAAGCCAAGAAACUGCUGCCGCUUCCACCAGCCUCCUCCUGCCUCUGCCGGCCCCGGAGCCCCCCAUGGUCACCAGCAGCCCACUCACCAAGCUCCAGCUCCAGGAAGCCCUGCUGUACCUCGUUCAGAACGAUGACAACUUCUUAAAUAUCAUCUAUGAAGCUUAUCUCUUCAGCAUGACUCAAGCAGCCAUGAAAAAGACGAUGUAAAGCAAAACAUUUUAAGACUGAUUUUCAAGGUCCUGUGGCUCAAGGUUUUUUCGCAUCAAUGGUGUUACCCUAAAUGUUUCUGCCUUUAAAAAAAAAAAAAGUAUAUAUAAUAUGAAGU